AUGACAAACUGGUCAAUUGCUUGUGCUGUACCGGAGGCUACUGCAGAGGCGGUUGCAGACUUUUUGUAUGAAGAAAUCGUAAUGCGAUUUGACUAUCCUAACGAGUUUUAUACCGACCGCGGUGCGAGCUUCUUAUCCAAAAUUCGAAAACACAGGUCUGCUGGCUUUUCUCCCCUCUAUCUGAUGUAUUGUUGUGAACCUCGUCUGCCUGGGGAUGAGUUGCGCCCUUAUUUAGCGACAAGACUUGCUCAAGAUCCUCGCACAAUUGCAGAGUUUACCGCUCGUGAGCGGGAAUUGCUAGGUCAAGUACGUGCUGCUGCUCAAAAACGUAUGGAAGCUGUUUUCAAAGGUGACAAGCGCAAGUGGAAUGCGUGGGUGACCAUGUCUGGACUGGAGUACAGCUGGAUGGGCCCUUUCACAGUGGCUGCCAAGAAUGAUGUCACUAACAUCUAUAAACUUGUUUCCGUUGGUGGUGAACCCUACCUAUCUUAUGUACACAUCGAUCGUUUAAAAGAAGUUAAGGUUGAAUAUAUUAAUACCCUUUGGUACAAUCCCACUGUAUCUCAUGCUGUUUGUCGCGCUGGUGUAGGCCAUUCUGCUCCAACUACUGAUUCUUUGGCUACCUCUGAUACAUCUUUGUCGGCUCCUACUGUCCGUGUGACCCCUUCUGCUGGUUCUGCUCGUGUUGAUUAG